CGGGGCAUCCGGAUUUCCGGUUUCUGCUCGAGGGGGCGGAAGCGAAGGGAGGCGCUAGCUCCGUCGCCGACGUUAGUCGCUGUCUUCGCUGCUAACGUUUCGUUAUGAGUUGCUAAAAUCAUGGUGAAAUGUUGCUCGGCCAUUGGAUGUGCUUCUCGCUGUUUGCCAAAUUCCAAGUUAAAAGGACUGACAUUUCAUGUAUUCCCCACAGAUGAAAACAUCAAGCGAAAAUGGGUGUUGGCAAUGAAGAGACUAGAUGUGAAUGCUGCAGGCAUCUGGGAGCCAAAGAAAGGAGACGUACUGUGCUCAAGGCACUUCAAGAAGACAGACUUUGACAGAAGCACUCCAAACACUAAACUGAAGCCAGGAGUCGUCCCUUCUGUCUUUGAAUCCCCAGAUCACUUGCAGGAGAAGAGAGAAAAACUUCAUUGUAGGAAAAACUUCAUUCUCAAAACCCUUCCAGUCACUAACCGUGGUCACCAGCUUGUCGGUGCCUCAUGCAUUGAAGAAUUCCAAUCCCAGUUCAUUUUUGAACAUAGCUACAGUGUAAUGGACAGUCCAAAGAAGCUUAAGCAUAAAUUAGAUCAUGUGAUCAUCGAGCUAGAGAAUACCAAGGAAAGUCUGCAGAAUGUUUUGAACCGAGAAAAACACUUUCAAAAAUCACUGAGAAAGACAAUCAGGGAACUAAAGGAUGAAUGUCUGAUCAGCCAAGAAACAGCCAAUAGACUGGAUGCUUUCUGUUGGGAGUGUUGUGAGAGCACAGAAUGAGACUGGAUUUGUGAAGGAAUUGUUUAUAUGUUCCAUCUACAGUUGACAUUGAUGAUGCUUCUUAGAAGACCUCACAUACCAUCUCUAAAUCCUAUAAUCACUGACAACACUUUGGAUACCAGGCAGCAUUAUGCAUCAUCCCUGGUAGCCAAAAACUUAUCGAAGAUGUGCAGAAAUGUGUUGUAGUUAUGCUUUUGUGUGACCUGUGACAAUUACAUCUUUGCAAACAUAAACUAGCGCUGGGUCACUAUUGUAAGAUGGCUAAAUCUCACAUAAGUUAUAACAAAUGGAACAUCAGAAUUUUAACUUUGACUACAUUAUUGUAUGUCCUUUAUAGUAAAUUGUGAUUUUAAUUUUAAAUAUUUUACUAUAAAGCAGACUUUGUUUACAACACACGUUCACCUUGCAUCCAACCCAAGGUGCUUUAGUAAUUAAUCAUAGAUUAUUUUUUAAUAAGGCACUCCAUAGCACUGACCCUGAGAAUAGCCCAUGGAAAAGAUUUCUUGGCUUUUAAGUUAAGAGCCAAUUAGCUAAGACUCCUGACAGGAUGUCAGUGUUUCAGUACAGUGCAUCAUUCCUCCUCACAAGGACUAGUCAGAAUAGCUUCAAACACCAAAGAAUGAAAGCACACACUAUUGACUUGGGUGAGCAGGUGUUGCUUCACGAGAACAUGACUCCUGGCUCUUCAGUCACCUCUUCCAUACACAGUGCUGCCACCAGCUGAAGAUUUGCAAGGCUGUCUUGUGGUUUUAAGAAGUAAUAUUGCUGACACUUUUAGAACUGUAACACAUAAGAAAAGCUAUUGCAAAUGUGCGGAUCUUGCAAAGAAAUAGAAACGGAACUGAUGACUGUCCGGUGGCAGUAAUUACUCAGAAAUGACAUGCGGAAGUACUAUUGGAGACUUUUUACCAAGUUUACAGAAGAAGAGUCUUAGCUGUUUACUGAUUGAGCCCAAUGUUAGGAAUAUUGCUUCUCCCCUGAUUUCUUACUAAAAAAAAAAAACUAAAAUUAAGAAUCAUAAAUAC